AGAAGAUUACCAUGAAGAUGGGUUCUGUCAGCCAUACCGGGGAAUUGCAUGUGCCCGAAUCAUUGGAAACAGGACUAUAUAUGUGGAUUCCCUCCAGAUGCAGGGGGAAAUUGAAAACCGAAUUACUGCUGCAUUUACCAUGAUUGGCAGUUCCACGCAUUUGUCCGACCAGUGCUCACAGUUUGCCAUACCAUCUUUCUGCCACUUUGUGUUUCCCCUGUGUGAUGAGCACUCACGGACUCCGAAGCCGCGAGAGCUGUGCAGGGAUGAAUGCGAAGUCCUAGAGAACGAUCUCUGCCGGCAAGAGUAUAACAUCGCCAGGUCAAAUCCCCUCAUUUUGAUGCAGCUGCAGUUGCCGAAGUGUGAGGAUCUCCCACAACCUAACACAAUGGAGGCUGCCAAUUGCAUAAGGAUUGGGAUCCCUGUGGAGAGACUCAACCGAUAUCACCAGUGCUACAACGGCUCUGGAGCGGAUUACAGAGGGAUGGUCAGCAUCACCAAAUCUGGCCACACUUGUCAACUCUGGGACUCACAGAAUCCCCACACCCACAAUCUAACCAGCGCACAGUUUCCAGAACUGGGCGGUGGGCAUGCAUAUUGCCGAAAUCCUGGCAGUCAGAUGGACGGGCCCUGGUGUUUUACAAAGAAUAAAAACGUACGCAUGGAACUGUGUGACAUACCUUCUUGUAGCCCACAUGACAACAGCAAAAUGGGAAUCCUCUACAUCCUGGUUCCCAGCAUAGCCAUCCCUUUGGUUAUCGCCUGCCUUUUCUUCUUAGUAUGUAUGUGCAGGAACAAGCAAAAGGCAUCUGCUGCGACACCCCAGCGUCACCAACUAAUGGCAUCUGCUAGUCAGGACAUGGAAAUGCCACUCAUCAAUCAGCACAAACAG